UAGUCGAAGGCUAAACCUGGUGUUUACAAUUACUGAUGUGAUAUAUUUCUACGAACUUGACCAAUACGCUGAAAUUCCAGACCCCAGUUUGGUUAUUUCUCUUUUGUCUUCCUAUACAGUUUUUGAUUGUUUCAGCUUCGAAAACUUACACUUUCGGUUGGUCAAGAGUUUCUUUUCAAGCCAAAGAGCUUUUAUGCAUCAAGUAGAACUUUGGUCCUACAAAUAGACAAACCGAACAAUCGAAAAGCAGGAAUCUCUAAUAUCAAAAGACAGAUAUUGAGCAGAUGAAGAUAUUCGCAAACAGGAAAUAAAAGUGAGCGCUAAUUGACGUAGUUCUUCAACGCACUAACACAGGCAGACAGGUUCUCAAAACUAAAGUUUCCGGCAAGACUAUAUAAACAGGCUGUAUUCUGUGCCUUCCCUGUGUUCAGCCAACUGACAUUGGGCAGCUCAUUGUGUGAGACCUAAAUAUAAUAUAAGAUAGAGUGUGUCGAGGUUUUAGUGACACCGACGCUCUGGCGGCCUCUUCGUCCCUCUUGUUUUAUCAUGGCUUCAACAUUUCAAGAAUUACUUCUGUGUUUGUGCCUUGCUAUGAUUAUUACCGGCAUCUUUGCGGACCAGCAAUUUCAGUACGUUUUAGCCUUUCCAAAACAUGUCAAACACGCCAUUCCUUCAUUGGCCAUCUCACCCCUCUCACAGGACUUUGUUCAGAACAUCGAGGUCACUGUAACAGCACCCGCACGUAAGACGGCAUCAGGUGAAAUACGGACUCAGGAAUAUUCACACAACUUUUCGUCCUCCUCAAACGAGCAAUGGCUUCUGAACCUGGAGUAUUUGGUUCAUUUUGAAAUGUCAGGCAUAGGGAAGAGUCAAGGUAUCAUGGUUACUUCGACAUCUCAGCUGGUCGUUCGGGCUAAAAGUUUGAAAGUCAGAAUGGCUGAGGACUUUAAAAAAAGUGCUGGGGCCUUUAAUGUAAUGCCCACUACUCUAUUAUCUCAUGAAUACGUAGUGGUCACAGAAUGUUCGUCUUCGUUUUGUUUUCUACUUGUCGUUAACCCCGAUGGAUCCAAUGACGUCAUAAUUGAAUUGAGCCUUCAACCAGCACAAAGAGAAAUCAUUUACAAUAACGGAAGCACUGAUAUUAUUUUGCAUUCCGGUCAGGUUUUGCCUGAAUCUUUAGGUCCAUUAGAUGUUUUGCAAAUUUUGGGAAAACAGACUGACCUUACAGGUACAUGGGUCAGGGCAGAGAGAAAAGUAGCUGUCAUCACAGGAACAGAUUUCAGCUGCGUGUGGAUACAGCGGGAUUUGUGUAGUACACUCGACAUGGCAGUCGAGCAAUUGCCCCCUGUGUGUUCUUUAGGGCAAAGCUACGUUUUUGCACCUUUUGUCAACUCCAGUAUUAAAUCGUUUGUUAAAAUCGGAUACACCAGUCCAUCGACGACUGUUUUUGGUCUGGACAAUGUUCUGAUAAAUGUGAACACGUCUCAAGAUUUUCCCACAUUUUUCACUUUUCAACUAAACGGAGACUCGAUAGUUUAUCUCUACGCUUCUGCACCUGUGUUAGUUCUACAGUAUGUUGUGGCCUUGAAGCACACCACUUUCUUUGACUCAUCAGUGACAGUUAUAUAUCCUCUCUCCAAAUGGAGAACUCAUGCUGAAAUAUUACCUUUUGAUGACAUGAAUCUAAUAACGUUAAUCGUUGCUUUGUGCAAGUGCAUAAAAGAAAUUAAGAUUGGAGUAUCUGUUGAAGAGUUCAAGACAAGAGCAAAACGUGAACAUCGUUAUUGUUCAAGACAAAUGAUCAUUACCUCGAGCACAAAAUUAAAUAAAAUUUUUGUAAACAGUGACGAAUGUUUGUUCAGUGGUGUCGUUGUGGCUACUCACCGAGACAAAACGGGUUGGGCCGUUCCAUUGGUAACCUUUCAACCCAUUGAUGACAACACAACAUCUUGUGAGCUUCAGUUGACGAGUACAGAGGUACAGAAAUCCAACAUGAAGAGCCUCACAACAGCUGCGGGAACAACACAGGCGACACUCAAGUCUACUGAAGAAGACGUCACGGUUUCGAGUAGAAUAUCGGAAACAUCUAACGAUAACAACGGUCCAGCUUUUGAGGAAACGUCUAACGAUAAUAACAGUCUAACUGUUGAGGAAACAUCUAACGAUAAUGGCGGUCUAACUGUUGGGGAAUCAUCUAACGAUAAUAACGAUCUAACUAUUUGGGAAACAACACAGGGGACACCCGAGGCUACUGAAAAAGACAUUACGGUUUUGAGUAGAAUACCGGAAGCAUCCCACGAUAAUAACAGACAAACUGUUGAGCAAACAUCUCCGGUGACACCAGAGUCUACUCGCGAUAACAUAAAGUUUUGGAGUAGAAUAUUGACAGUAGCCAAAGAUGAUAACAAAAAUACUGUCGAGGAAAUAUCUCAGAGCCCGAUUUCAAAGAUCAGAUUCAUCUUGUGCCCAUGUUCAUGUCUUUCUGGAUCUCAGAAUUAUCGAGAUCUGCUAAAUGAGACAAUGCCAUUCUUGUCCUCAAAGAGGGCAGCCAUCCAGAGCUUUCUCCACGUUCCUAGGGCGAACCUCUCAAGAAGAGUGAGGAGUAAAAUGUGCGCCAUAGACCACAGGCCAUCCAGUACUUCAAUUGGUUUUGUCGUGUUUGGCUGCACGAUUUUACCAAUAUUUGGAAUUCUAAUACUAAAUGAUUGUUACAAGGCUUUACGUUGGCUUCUCCGUAGAUAGCUCAAAGACCACCCCUUCCCCCCAAAUAAAGAAGAACAAAAAAAUAAAGAACAAA